CGAGUCCCUGCGGACUACUGACCGCGACUGGGCGUGCGGGGUUGCCUCCUCCUCCUCCUCUUUGCUCCGACGACUCGGUUGUCCUCGUUUGCCAUUGCUUCCCUGGGCUUCCCGGGUCGCCCAAUUAAGGUUUCCCGUCUUAUUUUUCUUCGUCUUCGCCCUUUACUUACUUCUCUCCCUCCUCUCCCUCCUCUUCCUCCCUCCUCCAUCCUCCCCCAUCUCUCACCUCACAGCAUCCACCCGCAACCAUGUCUGAGGAGAAGAAGUGUCCCUUUUCCAACACCAUCAACACGGGUGGUGGCGGCACCCAGCCCAAGGACUGGUGGCCCAACAACCUGUACCUCAACAUCCUGCGCCAGCACACGGGCGUCUCGAGCCCCCUCGCCAAGGACUUUGACUAUGCCGAGGCCUUCAAGACGCUCGACUACCAGGGCCUCAAGAAGGACCUGGCAGCCCUCAUGACCGACUCGCAGGAGUGGUGGCCCGCCGACUUUGGCCACUACGGCGGCCUCUUUGUCCGCAUGGCCUGGCACAGCGCCGGCACGUACCGCGUCCAGGACGGCCGCGGCGGCGGCGGCCAGGGCCAGCAGCGCUUCGCGCCCCUCAACAGCUGGCCCGACAACGUGUCGCUCGACAAGGCCCGCCGCCUGCUGUGGCCCAUCAAGCAAAAGUACGGCAACAAGAUCUCGUGGGCCGACCUGAUGCUGCUCACCGGCAACGUCGCCCUCGAGACCAUGGGCUUCAAGACGUUUGGCUUCGCCGGCGGCCGCGCCGACACGUUCGAGGCCGACCAGAGCACGUACUGGGGCGGCGAGAUGACGUGGCUCGGCAACGACGUCCGCUACUCGGACGGCAACCCGGGCGUGUCCAAGGGCGGCGUCGUCGACUCGGACGAGGGCGGUGCCAAGAACAUCCACACCCGCAACCUCGAGAAGCCCCUGGGCGCCGCGCACAUGGGUCUCAUCUACGUCAACCCAGAGGGCCCCGACGGCAACCCGGACCCCAAGGCCGCGGCCCGGGACAUCCGCGAGACGUUCGGCCGCAUGGCCAUGAACGACGAGGAGACGGUCGCCCUCAUCGCCGGCGGCCACAGCUUCGGCAAGACCCACGGCGCGGCGUCGUCCGACAAUGUCGGCGACGAGCCCGAGGGCGCGGGCAUCGAGCAGCAGGGCUUCGGCUGGAAGAACAGCCACGCCUCGGGCAAGGGCCCGGACACCAUCACGUCCGGCCUCGAGGUCAUCUGGACCAAGACCCCGACGCAGUGGAGCAACGCCUACUUUGAGUACCUGUUCAAGUACGACUGGGAGCUGACCAAGAGCCCGGCCGGCGCGAACCAGUGGGUGGCCAAGGACGCCGACGAGUUCAUCCCGGACGCGUACGACAAGAACAAGAAGCACAAGCCGCGCAUGCUGACGACCGACCUGUCGCUGCGCUACGACCCAGAGUACGAGAAGAUCUCGCGCCGCUUCCUCGAGAACCCGGACCAGUUCGCCGACGCCUUUGCGCGCGCCUGGUUCAAGCUGCUCCACCGCGACGUUGGCCCCAAGGCGCGGUACCUGGGGCCCGAGAUCCCCAAAGAGGACCUGCUGUGGCAGGACCCUAUCCCGGCGGUCGAGCACGCCCUCGUCGACGGCUCCGACAUUGCCGCCCUCAAGGAGAAAAUCCUGGCCUCGGGCCUGACCGUCCCGCAGCUCGUCUCGACGGCGUUCGCCUCGGCGUCGACGUUCCGCGGCUCCGACAAGCGCGGCGGCGCCAACGGCGCCCGCAUCCGCCUGAGCCCGAUGAAGGACUGGAAGGUCAACAACCCGCUGCAGCUCAGCCACGUGCUCAAGACGCUCGAGGACAUUGCCGGCAGCUUCAACAGCUCCGCGUCGGGCGGCAAGAAGAUCAGCAUCGCCGACAUCAUCGUCCUGGCCGGUGUCGCCGCCGUCGAGAAAGCCGCCAAGGACGCGGGGCACAACGUCGAGGUGCCCUUCACCCCGGGCCGCGGCGACGCCACCCAAGAGCAGACCGACGUCCAGUCCGUGGGCCACCUCGAGCCCGCCGUCGACGGGUUCCGCAACUACGGCCGCUCCUCGCAGCGCGUCAAGGCCGAGCAGUUCCUCGUCGACCGCGCGCACCUGCUGACCCUCACGGCGCCCGAGAUGACGGUCCUGCUCGGCGGCCUGCGCGCGCUCAACGCCAACUUUGACGGCUCGUCGACGGGCGUCUUCACCGACAAGCCCGGCACCCUGACCAACGACUUCUUUGUCAACCUGCUCGACAUGAGCACCGUCUGGAAGCCCACGGGCCCGGACAGCGAGACCUUUGAGGGCACCGACCGCAAGACGGGCGCCAAGAAGUGGACCGGCUCCCGCGUGGACCUCGUCUUCGGCUCGCACGCCGAGCUGCGCGCCAUCUCCGAGAUCUACGCCCAGAGCGACAGCCGCGACAAGUUUGUCAAGGACUUUGUCAACGUGUGGACAAAGGUGGCCAACCUCGACCGGUUCGACCUGCACCAGUCCAAGGUCGCGUCGAAGCUGUAGGCUGGUUUGGACUAUGUAGCACAGAUCAGAAACCAGAAUGAAUGAACGUGUCAGCAAUGAA